AGAACAGGGACCCCCAGGGGGAGAGGAACAGGGACCCCCAGGGGAACAGGGACCCCCGCGGGGAUGGGAACAGGGACCCCCAGGGGGAGAGGAACCCCCACAGGGGUGGGAACGGAGACCCUCAUGGGGAUGGGAACAGGGACCCUCCCAGGGAGGAGAACAGGGACCCCCAGAGGGAGAGGGACCCCCACAGGGAUGGGAACAGGGACCACCUCGGGGAUGGGAAUAGGGACCCUCAGAGGGAGAGGGACCCCCACAGGGAUGGGAAAAGAGACUCUCACGGGGAUGGGAAGAGGGACCCCUCUGGGGAGGGGGACCUUCAUGGGGAUGGGAACAGGGACCCCCAGGGGGAGAGGGACACCCCUAGGGAUGGGAACAGGGACCCCCAUGGGCACGGGGGUGCCCACAGGGACAGGGACUCCCUUGGGGACCAGGUCACCUGUGGGGACAGGGAUCACCAGGGGGACAAGGACCCCCUUGGGGAUGGGGACACCUUCAGGGACAGGGGCACCCUUGGGGAUGGGAACCCCCUCAGGGAUGGGAACCCCCUCGGGGCCGGGGGUGACCCAGGGGGUGACCAGCAGUAGCCACGGGAUGGGAUUGUCGCAGUGCUCCCAUGAAUGUGAUACCAGUGCCACGGCCCAUCCCGGACACCCCGGAACUGUGAGCACCUGGGGACCCCCAAAACUGCCUGAGGGGCUUCUCCACGUCCCUUUGGACCUCAGAAAUCCCUCUGGGAUGUGUCUCUGUGUCCCUUUGGACCUCAGAAAUCCCUCCUGGGAUGUGUCUCUGUGUCCCUUUGGACACAGAGACACAUCCCAGAGGGAUUUAUCAAGAUAUAUCAAGAUGUAUCUGGACCUUAAUAUACCUUCAGACUUUGGAAAAUCCCUCUGGGAUGUGUCUCCAUGUUCCCUUCAGGCCUUGAAGUACCUUCAGACUCUGAAGUGUCUCUCCAGGGCACUUUCCACUUCUUCAAGACUUUGGAAAAUCCCUCUAGGGUGUGUCUGCAGGUUCCCUUUGGAUUCUGAAGUAUCUUCAGGCCUUGAAAAAUCCCCCUGGGAUGUGUCUCCAUGUUCCCUUUGGGCACUGAAGGGCCUCCAGACCUCGGAAUGUCCCUCCAGGGCACUUCCCAGUCCUCCCAGUCCCACCAGUGCCCUGCCCCGGGUCUGUGUUUAAAGCCAGGAGUCUCUUUAUGUCUGUUUAUUCUGAUUAUUGUCGUUUAUUUAUUCUUUUCUAUUUUUCUAUUUUAUUAAAUUCUAUUUAGGUAAUUCCAGUUGUUCUUCU